AUUUUCUGCCUGUUGCCACAGAUUUUCCGCCGCUUGUUGCUGCUGGUUUUCCGUUGCUUUUCGCCGCCGAUUUUCUGCUGCCCGUUGCCGCUGGUGUUCCGCUACCUGUUGCCGCUGAUGUUCCGUUGCCUGUUGCCGCUGAUGCUCCGUUACCUGUUGCCGCUGGUGUUCCGUUGCCUGUUGCCGCUGGUGUUCCGCUGCUUGGUUUUCCAUGUUUUCUGGUUGCUGCUGCUG